GGCGGCGCCACUUGGCGAAGGUACGGUAAUGGCGGUUUCUGUUCUUCUUUUUAUCUCCUCUUCAUUCUUGUGUUGGUCUCUGCAAUUCAUGAGCUUAUGGAACCCGCAGCAGAAGGAAAACUUCAAAACCCAGAUCAGGAUGAAGGUGAAAACAUCUCAGACGAGUGCAAAGUUGUAUAUGUUUUGGGAGGACCAGGCAGUGGGAAGGGUACCCAAUGCUCCAAGAUUGCUAAACAUUUGGGGUUUUGCCAUUUGACUGUUGGUGAUCUUCUUCAAGCAGAAGUUGAAUCAGGAUCUCAACGUGGAAAAAUGAUAGAGGACUACAAGAAGGAAGGGAAGCUUGUUCCUUCUGAGUUAGCUGUAAGGCUACUUAAACAGGCAGUGCAGAGGAGCAAAAGCAAGAAAUUUCUUAUUGAUGGCUUCCCACGUAAUGAAGAAAAUCACAUUUUUGCUGAGAAGAUUUUGAAAAUCGAGCCAGAUUUUGUCUUGUUUUUGGAUUGCUCAAAGAGGAGAUGACAAGACGCCUUCUAAACAGAAAUCAGGGACGAGUUGAUGAUAACAUUGAUACUAUCAAGAAGAGGUUUAAAGUUUAUCAAGAAUGCACAGUACCUAUAGUCAAUUACUCUGAUGCAAAAGGGAAGGUUCGAAAGAUUGAUGCUGAGAGGUCCAUCGAUGAGGCAUUUGAGUCAAUCAAUGGUGUUUUUACUCACGAGCUUGAUUCAGCACACAGCAAUGGAACAUAACCAGGUUUUGGAAAUUACUGGUUGGAUCACUAGGUUCUAAAGCUCCAAGCUAUACUUUUAAGGAUUUCAUAAUGCUUCUCCCAUCAUAUGUAAUAGAUAUGUGAAUUUUUAUUAUAUUUUCAGGUCUAGUUGUAAUGACUUCAGUGUUUUGCAAUGACAUUUUUGACAAUUAACUUUGUUCAAUUGU